UUUUUUUUUUUUUUUAUUAUUAUUAUUAUUAUUAUUAUUAUUAUUAUUUUAUUUUGUGGAGAGUGGUCCCCACAUAUCACUCUCACACGUGUCGAAUUACGAUUCUACUUUGAGUUCACACGCGGCGGCCAUUUAACGGCUCCAGUUAUACUUCGCAUCAGCCUCCGGUAGCCAUCCUCUACAUCAUAUUCCUUCAACUCUCUGCUCGAAUCAAUCCUCUAUUCAAGGGACUCUAUACACCCUAAUGCCCCCCCCCCCUACCUUCCACGCGCUCGCAUCCCAUUUGCUUCACCUUAAACACUAACGUACUCCCACCCGCGCCAGAUCAUGCCCAGCUCUCUUUCUACUCCGUUUAAAAGAUCAGCUUUGCCUGUUUUGUGCAACAUUUUUUAGUUACUCAAAAAAAAAAAAAAAAAAAAAAAAAAGAGAAAAGAAAAAAGAAAUAAGAAACCCCAUUUUCCUAAUUCCCACCAUUUUCUUCCUCCUCUUCUUCUCCACAAAAUUUUACAUUAAUCCAUCGGAAAAAAACAUAAGAACUGGGUCAUGGAGAGCACCGACUCAUCGGCCGGCCCACAGCAGCCGAAUUUACCGCCUGGGUUCCGAUUUCACCCGACCGAUGAAGAGCUCGUCGUUCACUAUCUCAAAAAGAAAGCCAAUUCUUCCCCUUUGCCCGUCGCCAUCAUCGCUGAGGUCGAUCUCUACAAAUUCGAUCCUUGGGAGCUUCCGGCAAAAGCUACGUUUGGAGAACAGGAAUGGUACUUCUUUAGUCCAAGGGAAAGGAAGUACCCAAAUGGCGCGCGACCGAAUCGAGCAGCGACGUCUGGGUAUUGGAAGGCGACGGGGACGGAUAAGCCGGUGUUGGCCGCGGAUGGAAGUAAUCAGAAAGUUGGGGUGAAAAAGGCGCUAGUAUUCUACGGCGGAAAGCCGCCUAAAGGAAUCAAAACCAAUUGGAUUAUGCAUGAAUAUAGGUUGGCGGAUAAUAAGCCUUGUAUCAAUAAGCCUCCUGGCUAUGAUUUGGCCAACAAGAAAAACUCUUUGAAGCUCGAUGAUUGGGUAUUAUGCCGAAUAUACAAGAAGAACAACUCACAUAGGCCAAUGGAUCAAGAAAGGGAAGAUUCAAUGGAAGAAAUGAUAGGAUCAAUACCACAUUCCUUGAGGCUAAAUGAUCAAUAUCCAAAGUUGGGUAUUAAUUACACUACAUUGCUUGAAAAUGACCAAAAUUUGCUUCAAGGAAUAGUGGCCAACAAUAGCAAUGAUAAUAAUAAUAAUGGAGCUCUUAGCAAUGCUACCAAUUCAAAACGUCCUGCCUCUCUUUUUUGGACUGAUGAAGAUCAAGAUCAUUCAGGUAUUUCAUCAAACAAGAGAUUACAUUUUGAAAACACUACUACUGAUGGGGCUUCUACUUCCAUUACAAGGACUCAUAGUAGUAAUCACAAUAAUCUCCAAAGUUCAACUUCCUCCUUCACCACUCUACUCACCAACCUCCCGCAAACGCCACCCCCACCUAUGCACCACCACGGUGGCGCACACUCCGUCCUUGCUUCCAUUGGAGAUGGCCUUUUCCGUCCUGCAUAUCAAAUCCCAGGUGCAAAUUGGUACUCUUAGACAAUCCAGUUCAAUUCAACCCAAUUAGUAAGAUUUCUAUCAGGUAAAUUUAAGUUUUUAAACUAAAUGAUUUAGAUUUUAGAGAAAUGUUAUUUGGAUAUAUAGGUAUUGAGGGGUUUUAGUUUGGUAGUAGGUAAUGUAAUUGGUAUAUAGAGACAUUUUCCAGAUUAAAGAAAAUAAACUUAAAAAAAAAAAAAAAACACACUCUUUGAUGACCAAUUUCAAAAUUGAGGGCAUAGAUUAAUAUUUUCUACAUAAUUAUAGAUUCCAUACCCAUUUGAAAGGAGGCCAAUGUAUACAUAUAUAUUUUCUUUCCUCUUUUUUUUUUUUUUUUUUUUUUUUGUUUGAAGAAAUAGAACAGUGGUAAAAACCCUUUUGUACAGAGUAGUUAAUUAAUCAUAUUAUAUGAUCUAUUUAUAUGCAUAAUGUAAAAUCUAAAUUAAAUGUACUGCUUCUUUAUAUAAUUUUAAUUUGAUGCAAAUUUAAUUAUAAUUUCA